AUGUUUAGCGCCGAAGAUGGUCUGAGGCUGUCCAACAUACUUUUUGCGAGCGAGAAUGAUGAUGAACAUAUAGAAAAGAGCUUCCAGUGUGAUUAUGAAAAGAGCGGCGUGUGGAAAAGGAAUGUCAGGCAGUACAAGAUUCUUUCGAUCGACCAGAUAGUUGCACUUGAGGAGUUCUUCAUAGCCAGGCAAUUGCCUGUUACAAAGACAAACAUCAAGCAUGCAUCGAAGGCAUUGAAGAUUCCGUAUCAAAGAUCUGUGGAUUAUAUGUAUAGGAAGUAUUCGAAAGCACAAGAGAAUGCCAAUGACUUCUACCAGCAGUGCAUUAGCGAGUUUGAUGGAAUAUCUCGAAGUAUUGAGAGAUGCUGGGAUCUAUAUCUUGAAGGAUGCAAGGCGUAUGAUGGGUUUUCUAGAAAUGGAUGCAAUUAA